CACGUGAUAAUUGUCAUGUGCUUAUUAUAAAUACUGUUUUUGUACAUACAUUUAGAAAAAUAAAGAAGUAGGAAUAGCAGAAUGCCGAAAGAACGUGUAAAGAAACAGACUCGCAUUCAUAAGGAUGUUGCGAAACAGGGUAUUUUGUUCAACACGGAUAUUGGACAGCACAUUUUGAAGAAUCCACUUAUAAUUCAAAGUAUGGUAGAAAAAGCUGCUGUAAGACCGACGGAUGUGGUAUUGGAAAUAGGUCCUGGUACCGGUAACAUGACUGUGAAACUAUUGGAUAAAUCUAAGAAAGUAAUAGCAUGCGAGGUGGACACGAGAAUGGUAGCUGAAUUACAGAAACGCGUGCAAGGUACCCCGUACCAGUCGAAACUGCAGAUCAUGAUAGGAGAUGUUUUGAAGACCGAGUUACCAUUCUUUGACCUCUGUGUAGCUAAUAUACCCUAUCAAAUUUCGUCUCCUUUGGUAUUUAAAUUACUCUUGCACAGGCCAUUGUUCAGAUGCGCCGUACUUAUGUUUCAAAGAGAGUUCGCUGAACGUUUAGUAGCGAAACCAGGCGAUAAAUUGUACUGUCGUCUGAGUAUAAACACUCAGUUGUUGGCAAGAGUGGAUUUACUCAUGAAAGUAGGAAAAAAUAAUUUUAGGCCUCCACCGAAAGUAGAAUCGAAUGUAGUUAGAAUAGAACCGCGUAACCCACCGCCUCCGAUUAAUUAUCAAGAAUGGGAUGGUCUGACGCGAAUUGCGUUUGUCAGAAAAAAUAAGACACUUUCCGCGGCGUUUAAGCAGACGACAGUGUUAACAAUGCUGGAGAAAAAUUAUAAACUUCAUUGUAGUCUGAAUAACAUGGAAGUGUCAGAAGGAUUUGACAUUAAAGAGAUGGUAAACGAUAUCUUGCAAGAAGCAAACGCUGUAAAUAAACGCGCUAGAACUAUGGAUAUAGAUGAUUUUAUCAGCCUUUUACACGCAUUUAAUGCAAAAGGAGUGCAUUUUACAUAAUUAAUAUAUAUUGUUUUCACAAAAAAAAAAAAGAAUAAAUAAAUUUUUCUAAAUAACGUGUAAGUGGUAAUUUGAAGUCGGUUAACCCUUUCGCUACG